CCUUCAGCAGAACGCUCAUUGGCUGACCUGACAAUAUAAAGUUCCGCAGUGCCAUAACUCCGUCCGCAUACUGCUGGCAGGAAGAUCAUCGCUCAAGGAUAGCAAAACGGCAGAAGGCACUGAUAACUGACUGACGAUUUUCUUUACCAUAUCAAUUUAUUGUGUUCAUCAAUUAAAUCUUAUUCAAAAUGAAGGAAAGAAGAAUUACCCAACCUCUGGUUGCAAGAUGUAAACUGGUGUUGGUUGGAGAUGUUCAAUGCGGAAAAACGGCAAUGUUGCAAGUCCUGGCCAAGGAUUCCUAUCCAGAGACAUAUGUUCCAACAGUAUUUGAGAACUACACAGCGUGUCUGGAGCUGGAGGAUCAGCGUGUAGAACUCAGUCUCUGGGACACGUCCGGCUCUCCGUACUAUGAUAACGUCCGUCCCCUGUGCUACAGUGACUCCGACGCUGUGCUCCUUUGCUUCGACAUCAGCCGCCCAGACUCAUUUGAUGGUGCGUUGAAAAAGUGGAAAACUGAGAUCCUGGAUUUCUGCCCCAGCACACGCAUCCUUCUGAUAGGCUGUAAAAUAGACCUGCGCACAGAUGUGUGCACCCUCAUGGAGCUGUCCAAUCAGAAGCAGACACCCAUCACACAUGACCAGGGCUCCUCUAUGGCCAAGCAGCUGGGAGCCGAGGCCUACCUGGAGUGCUCAGCCUUCACCUCGGAGAAGAGCAUCCACAGUGUGUUCCGCACGGCCGCCCUGGCCUGCCUCAACAACGUGGAGGCCUCCACUAAGCCCAGCCCCGCCCGACGCCUCUCCAAGAGACUCCUCUUCCUGCCCAGCCGCUCGGACCUCAUCUCUUCCACCUUCGGCAAAGACAAGGCCAAGGGCUGCUCCAUCAUGUGAUGCAGGGAACCACCCAGCGGUGGCCUAAGAGUCGCUCCAUUGAACGGUCCAGCAGGCAAAAGGGGUGUGUGUGGGGUGGGAGAUGGUGAGGAGAGGGGAGGGGGAAGGAAGGGGUUUCUCUUUAACCCCUUCGACCGACCCCGAAACCCUCCAUACGCCCACUGACACCCCUGUUAAAACACUGCUACCCUUCAUAGUAUUAUGCUGGUCUUCGUCAUGAUAAGCGCCCCACGAGAAAGAUACACAAACACAUGGGCACAGGCACAUACUUCACCAGCAUAGCUUUGCGUAGACUUCCUUUUUUCUAAUGACAGUCAACUAUUUGUCAAAUAAUAAUGUCCUCCGCAAAUGAUUGGUGUGUACUGUUGGGAGGUGAUAAUUUGCAAGAUUCCGGUUUUAGAAACGACUACCCAUGGGUACAAACACUUUAUGGUGUUACACUGGAAUGCUGAGGAGGCCUCUUCUGUAUCUAUGGCAGCUAGCUAACAUUUCUCUCCAAGCUGCACAGUGUGCCAGUUGUUGAGGCUGAUUCAAGGUCAGUUUCUACACACUUUCUGUUUCGAGAAAAUGGCUGUUGUUUACAGGGAAGCUCAAGUUUCUUCGGUGAGACCUCGAUGGAAUGUCGAUCUGUGUGCUAUCCGUCACCUAGCCUUCAUCCUUGGUCUGGAUUAGAAUAUAAAAAUGUUGACGUUAAAAGAUGAUACCUGUGAAAAAGAAUGAUGUGGCCUCCUCUACAUUCCUGGCAAGGGGAGGGAGCAGUAAUGACACCAAGGUGGUUUAAAGAGGGCUUUUAAGAAAUGAUUUCCAUGGUGAACUCUGCAAUAGAAAUGGAAUCUGUCAGUGUAUAAAAUGGUCUAGGGUGGGUGUUCUCUUAAAAGGCAACGGGAAUGGUGGACUAAGAGUGCACGUCUGAAGAAGUGCAGUGUGACUCGUGUUCACAUGGGUCGUGGACGUUAAGCGAGGGGGGCACGUUCUGCUGUGACUGGGAAACCACAGGGCACGAUUGAAAUACUAGUUUCAUCUCUUCUCCCUUCCCCUGUCUUGAAGGCCUCUCAUCUACAACUCUUCAGACAGUAAUGGAGUUGAGGGACAAUAAAAAAGUCCCCAUACUUA